CAGUCGGUGUCGUUUGGCGACUUGGACUCCCAGGAGAGAUCCCGUCGGUUCACCAUCUCAGCCCAGCCUUCUGCCGUCAACGUCACCAGCCAUGAGCACCUCCAGCUGUCACAGCUCAACUUGGCUUCCAACGCACCCUCCAUGCCUCCAUCCAGAAAGACCUCGUUGACCAAGAGCAGAAAGAACUCCAGCGCCGACGUAUUGUCGUUCAUGGCCUCAGGCAGCCACUUGAAGCAGACUCCCAGCACCACCAACGUGCAGCACGGGUAUAUUUCCAGCGGAGCGUCGUCCAGAGUCAACUCGCCCAACUUGGAGACCUCGCCCCACUUGCCUACCACCUACUCCUUCGAAAUGUCCAAAAAAACGGGCCGCAAGAUCAUGUCGCCCUCUCCUCCACCAGCAGGCUCACAAACCCCGAUUCCCACGGGCCCAGCCACCCAAAAUACGACUUUGGAGAGAAAUCCGUCCUCCUCCACGGCAGCUGCUCCCCAGCCCAUCAAAAUCAACACUCCUAGCACCAGUCUUUCCAGAAAGAACUCGACCAAGAAGUCCAAUAAGACUAUCGUUGCUUCGCCAGUGGGUCCUCCUGUUCCCUUCCAGCAGUACUUGACCAAGGAGGAUGAUGGCAAGUUCCACAUCCUCUUGGGGUGCACAGGAUCCGUGGCCACCAUCAAGGUGCCUUUGAUCAUCGACAAAUUGUUUCAAAUCUACGGCAAGUCGAAGAUCUCAAUCCAAUUGGUCGUCACUAAGUCGGCUGGCCACUUCUUGAAGGGUUUGAAGAUCCACAACGAUGUCAAGAUCUGGAGAGACGAAGACGAGUGGGCCAAUUUUAACGAGCAUGCUUGGAACACAACCUCAACCUCCACCGCGACAACUGCUAACAUCACUCCUCCAGUCAGUGGGAACAGCACCUCCAACGUGAUGUCCAACUUGAAUCCAUCUGCUGCAGUGCAGAAAAAGCCAAAGAACCCUUACGAUAAAAUGAUUCUUCACAACGAAUUGAGAAGAUGGGCUGAUAUCAUGUUGAUUGCCCCUCUUUCUGCAAACACGCUUGCUAAGAUCUCAAAUGGAAUUGCGGAUAACUUAUUGACCUCCAUCAUAAGAUCGUGGGGUCCCACAACCACCACUUCCAAUCAAACCGUCAAGAAACCGAUUUUCGUUGCUCCAGCCAUGAACACCUUUAUGUAUAUCCAUCCAAUAACGUCCAAACAAAUCUCUUUGCUUUCCCUGCCAGAGUCAGGCUUUGGUAUAGAGGUGUUGAAACCCGUGGAGAAGGUCUUGGUUUGCGGUGACAUCGGAAUGGGUGGAAUGAGAGAAUGGAGCGAUAUAGUUGACAUUUUGAGGAGAAGAAUCAAUAGUUUGAAGGCUGAAAGAAAAAAGCAGCAUGAUGAAGCCAUGGCCGAGGAGGAGGAUGAAGAGGAAGAGGAUGAAGAGGCAGGCGAUGAGGAUGAAGGGGAUGAUGAAGGAGAUGACGAUGACGAUGACGACGAUGAUGAUGAUGAUGAUGACGAUGAUGAGGACGAUGACGAUGAGGACGACGAGGAUGACGAUGCCGAAGAAGUGGACGAGGACAAGGUUGUUCAGAGAGAUCAUCAUAUCAUCGAUGAGCUUGACGAAGAUGAGAAUGCUCUUGAAGAAGGGAUAACCCAAAAUAUUAAUGAUAACAAUGAUAACGAUGAUAUGAUUUUCGAAAUUACUGACCAAGAAGGAGAGGAACAAGAAGAGUCUCAGGACCACCGCAACAAUCAAGCAUCGGUAGCUCAGAUCACCAUUCCCCAGGAAACGAGGAACAUCAUUUGA